UUUUAUGUAUAUUCAAUUUGUUAAAGGGACGAUUGUUACUGUAUGUUGUCAGUGUGGCCAAGAUGGCUGGCGCGGAGGACGAGCCCAUGCACCUCUAUGAGGUGUUUCAGAACUGUUUCAAUAAGAUCGCGAAUAAGCACACAGAUAAGGCUGUGUACUCCCCCGGAUAUGCUGCUGAUAACGGGAUGGGGGUGAGUGGCGGGUAUGUGGGCGCUGGGGCAGUUGGAGGCACUGCGGGAGGCACCGACGGGGCCACCUUCGCCCCAGACUCCCCGUACUUCCCCUUCACCAGCCCAUCGCGCCGGCCGCUGCCACACAACGCCGCAGGGACGAAGAGGAAAAAAGAGGGACUCGACGGGCCGGAGAUAGACAGCGGACCUCCACAACAAUGGGUAUGUUGUGUUGGUGUUUUCCUCGAUGUGUGCCGGAGUGUUAGCAUCAGUGAGGUGAGCUGCUGCUGCUGGUGUGUGUGUGUGUGUGUGUGUGUGUGUGUGUGUGUGUGUGUGUGUGUGUGUGUGUGUGUGUGUGUGUGUGUGUGCAAACAUUAUAUCCUAAUCACAUUUUCUGUCGUGUGAUUUCGAUAAUUCUCAAAUAAAUUUUCAGAGGGACAUCUUUUAUCAGUUAGAGAGAGAGAGAGAGAGAGAGAGAGAGAGAGAGAGAGAGAGAGAGAGAGAGAGAGAGAGAGAGAGAGAGAGAGAGAGAGAGAGAGAGAGAGAGAGAG